UAAAAAUGUUAUUUAAAACGUAUUGUGCAAGCAGGAUGACAACAACUAAAUGACCAAGAUUUACAUCUCCUUGAGGUUUCCAUAGGAUGACAUGUUGUCAUUAUUCAGGUGCGUUAAGCGUCAGAAAAUUAAAUGAAGAAAUGGCCUCAUUGUCAUCCAGUAUAGAAAUGGAUUUUCUGACUUGCUCCAUUUGUUUGGAAGUCUACAAUGACCCCAAAACUCUUCCGUGUCUGCAUUCGUUUUGUGCAGAUUGUAUUGAUAAUUACACGAAGGAGAAUAACAGUAAGGCAGAACAUCCUUGUCCGGAAUGUAGAGAAACGUUUCAUCUUCCUGAAGGAGGUGUUGGUCGAAUGAAAACCAACUUCUGUUUAAAGAACCUUGUUGAAUUUGUCUCAUCGACCACAAUAACGUCGAAAAAAUGUUCAUUUUGUCGUUUAAACGGCGAAGACUUUGAGGCAACCGCAAAAUGUUUAACUUGUGAAGAUUUUCUUUGUCCCGAAUGCGCGGAUCACCGCCAUAGAUCAACAACAUUAACAUUUCAACAUCGAGUUGUUCCCCUUGCUGAUGUGUCAGCUGGAAAAUAUAACGAUGAAAUUCGUGCACAGCAAAAAAUUCCUUGUGGAAAACACGAAUCAGAAGAAUUACGAUUCUUUUGUGAAACUUGUGACGUUCCAGUGUGCCGAGACUGCAUUGUUCUCGGUCACCAGAACCACAAGUGCCUGGCUCCAUCAGAUGCAAGAAAGCACUUGGAUGAGAAGCUUGACUCUCUCAUGACCUCUUUGAGAAGAAAACUAACAGAUACUGAUAUUGGGAUGAAAACAAUUGUUUCUGAAUUGAAUAAAGUAGAAACAGGUAAAAAACAUUUCAAAGAGACAUUAGAAAUAGAAAUGAAUACCAUCUUAAGGGAAAUUAUGAAUUCAAAAUCCUUAGUUGAAAUUGAAUUUGAUGAAUUGGUAAAAUCAACAGAAAUCGACCUUCACCAAAAAAUGGACGCUAUCGAAGCAAAUAAAAAAAUGCUUGAUAAUACCUUUUUCUUUUGCAAUAGCAUUUUGAGACGUGGAAGCGAUAUGGAGAUUCUUUCUAUGACAAAAGAGAUGAAAGAGCGUUUAUCAAUUCUGCAAACGCAGAAUAAUUUUGAAAACUGCAUAAUAGAAAACAUUGAUUUGCCCGUUUUUCAUUUUUGUAAGAAGAAAUCUAUUUUUCAAUUGAUUAAAUAUAACAGGGAUUCCCAAGAAAAUGUCAAUAAAAUUUCUACAAAGUCCCAGGAGAAAAAAGGAUAUGUUAAUAAAACAUGGCCCCAUCUAACACAUGCGAUUCAAUUAAAUGAAAAUACAAAUGACUGCAAUUCAAUUUUCAGCAGUGUGGCUUGGGUAGACGGAGAUAGAAUUGCAAUUGUCGAUCAAAAAAAGGAAACGUUAAACAUCAUCUCAAAAAUAUACUCGGAAGUUAAGUCGGUAGUUAUAUCCAACUGCACGGAAAUAAGUUCUUUAAAGGAAGGAAUGGUUUGUAGAACAACACAAAACAAUUUACAUAUUCUUAGUAGUUCCUUAACAAUAUUAAAAACUUUUCCGCAGGCUUUGACGAUGUUGACAUCGAAUGCAACAUCAAGUAAACCAUGUUGGAUGAUCAACAACGAUUUCAUAUGUGUAUUAGAAAAGCAAGAAGUCAAACAAAUUCGUGUUUGGGAUUUCAACGAUGGGCCACUUUUGAGAAAGCCUAAAUUUGGACAUGUUUUGUCAAACGGAAAGUUUGCAAUUUCGGAUUGGAAAAUGAAUUGCGUAUUCAUCAUCAGCAGAUCAGGACAAGUGGACCGUAGAAAAUAUUGCACUUAUGAUGGUUCACCUCCAGGUGCUAUUUCAUCAGAUUCGAGCAAUAAUAUUUAUGCAUGCGUCGAAAUGAAAAAUAUCGUUGUUGUUUUCGAUCUAUCUGGGAAGACAUUGCGUUCCAUAAAUAUAGGUUCCAUUGUACAAAACCCUAGAAGUCUAUCCGUUAAUGGAGAUAACAACUCGCAAAUGUUGAUUGCAAACAGAAAAUCUGUCGUUAUUAUUGAGCUUUUCUAAGUUUUUUCAUAGUCUUAAAGUUAGACCUAACCAUAUGAUUUUUAUUGUGCAUUUUCAUAGACUUUUUUUUACCAGAUUAAUUUGAUUCUUGAUGAAGUUUGUGACUCGCAUAUCAAUAGCAAAAUCAAUUUAAAUCUGCCAAUUUUUAAUUAAGACAAUUCUAUCCUUUAUUUACAAUGAAAAUAAAUUUAAACAGUAGAAUAUCAUGAAAUAGCGGUUAUCAAUAUAUUUGUAGUCACACUAUAUCAUCAUACAGAGGUCGUUGAUUUUGAUUGAUUUUAAUGGAUGUACUUUGCAAUUUUUGUGUUUUUAUCGAGACAAUCUUAUAUAUAAUAAUGCUUAUGCUUACAAUAACAUACACUCAUAUUAGUCCGCUUUGAUUAAAUGAAAACCUAUAGAGCUAUUUUUAUUUGUCUUAUAAAAAAAAUAAGUUUCAAAGUGGUAUUGGACACCUUAAUGUAUCCAUAUGGAUGAACGUUCAUCAUGUUUAAUAUGAAAUCAUCUUUUGUAAAUUUCAAAUUGUACAGUAUUUGGUCAUUUAAUGAAUUUUAAAAAUGUGUAUUAAAGAAAAUAAUGUAAAAGGCCAAGCGAGUACCGACCGCACAAUUUGAAGAUCAGUAGCUGAUUACCUUUUAAACCUAUUGCAGUCCAUCUAACUCUGGGACAUCAUAUAUCAGUUAGGGGGUCUUGCAGGCAGGCUUGAAACACAUCAGACAUUUUAAUUUUACCAACGUCAUUUGGAGCCAUAUUCUUCAUACAGCUAGAUUGGUGCAAAACAGUCUUAUUAUCUUGAGAAAACUCAGGUUCGACUCGAUCAGAACAUUACUUCAUAUCAAUAUCUUAUCAUAUACCAAGAGUCUUUAAAAAAUACGAAUAAUGUAGGGUCCUUAUAAAAAAAAAUUAAAAUCAUGUUAAAUUGCCAUAGAAAGUCAUCAAACCGAUUAGAACAAUGGCUGCCAUAAUUAAAAUUAACCGAGUAUCUGAAGUCAUGUACCCUUAUUAUAAGCCUUAUUUCUUUUUUGCUGAUUUUUUUUUCUUCAGAAACUCGUUGCAUACGUAAAUUUUGCAUUCGCUGUUUUUGCUAAGCAUUAAAAUGAGAGCUUCAUGUUGCACACAUUUUAGCAAGCACACUGCAAGACUAGAUAAGUACAUUUGUACAUGUAGCUGAUUAUUUUAUUUCUCUAUCUGCAUGAACUUUUACAAAGAGCAUCUCAGACUGUUUGAGUUUGAAGUUUCAAACUAUCUACUCAAAGUGUACUGUAUGCACGAUACGAUAAUCUAAGUAAAAAUGGGAAUCUCUGUAAUUCGUUUAAUUAAGCUAUAAAUUUGAUUUUAUUAAUUUAUUCAGGAAAAAAGGAACGACUUUUCGUAAAUAUUGCAAAAUAACCUCCUCGAAAUGUUGUUUUAAACUCUAUGUAGUUGUUACCCCAUAUAAUAUUGUUGAUUAUGUGCAUAUACCCGAUGGGCGUGGUCAUAAUGACACGAGGGAGCGUAGCUCCCGAGUGUCGUUAUGACCACGCCCAUCGGGUAUCUGCACAUAAUCAACAAUAUUAUACGGGGUAAGUUACUUGUACCAUUGUUUACUAACAUCAUUAUAUAUUGUAAAACAUGUAGUUAUUUGGUGCACACUUGCCUAUAUACAGAAUGGUACCAAUUUUGGUGACUUUACAAUGCACUGUGUAUUUCAUGUAUUACUAUUGUAUAACUUUCUAUCCACAUUAAAAGAUAAACGUUAUUUUGUCUUAUACAAUCAUUAAAAAAAAUCAUAUAAAUA